AUUUAAAACGAUCUCUGCAUCUAUCUGCUUUGUGAUCAAACUGAAUAAUUUUAAUUUUAAUGUCAGUAGAUCUCUUUACCAUUGUUGCCAUUUUUAUGCAUAAAUCUGAAAAAUAUUGUUUUCGCUGUCGUGAAUGUGGCAUUUACAUAUAUUGUAUAGUGCAUGAUCGGAAUUAAAUACGAUUCAUACUUUGUUGAUUUCAGACCAAUAAGACAUUUCUGAAAUGGCUGCAAAUACUCGUGCUACGGUUGUUGAUAUCCACAACAAUAUGGUUUUGGAAUUGAGUAACUACAUGGAAGAUGAAGAUUUCAAUCAAUUGAAAUUAUUGUUCAAUAACAACCCACUGACACCAGUUCAUAUGAGGUCAAUAAAUUCUGUGGGCAAUUUAUUCACUAUUCUAAUGUCUAAAAAGGUCAUUUCUUAUGGAAACUACGCAACUCUGGUACGAAAACUUGAACCAAUAAACCCUAGUCUGUGUGAUAUCAUACAAAAAUGCACCGAAGAUAUUGCCAAGGAGACUGAAGAUAAACCCGACACAAGUAGCACACAAGGAGCACAACCCAGAAUAGACGCCGCUAAUACCCAAGAACAACAGGAUACAGCGAAGAAGACAAAAAUAAAAGAAAUACAUGCUGAAAUGAUCACGAGCCUAUCGACGUGGAUCAAUCCAAAAUUACCUACGGACUGGCGAAACUUCCAGACACUAAUGGAUGCUCAUUUGAGCAACGUGGAAGUUUUUGGAAAGGAUGUAACAUGUUUAGAUGAUAUCUGUCGGGCACUUUUGGGGAAGGGAAUCAUUGCUUAUGGGAAGUAUGAUAAACUACGUUCUGCGGUGGUGAAAAUACAUGUGGAGGCUGCUAAUAUUGUCGAUGAUGCUACGUCAAAGAUUUCCGCCAUCUAACUCUGGGAUGCGCAGAAAAAAUAUGGAAGCACACCACAUUCUUUCAUAUCUAAAAAUAGUAUAGUUUUAUUUAGAUGUUGGUAUUUGACACUCUUAUGAGUAUUUAAAAUGACAUACUGAGAUACUUGAUAUACUAUAUCAAACCUGUAGAUUAGCAAGAGAAAUCAUACAUAGGUGAUGCAUUUUACAAUCACCGACAUGAAUCAUCAGCCAGUAUUGAAACAUUUUACAUUUUAUCUGUAUCAAUAAUGUAGACAUCACUCAUCUUAUCCAUGAUCGGAUUGAAGGGAUCAACUAUUUACACAUUACGAAUAAAUCCCUGGAUUUGUGUAAAUACAAUAUAUCUAAAUCGGAGCUUAGUGAUUUUACCUUUAUUAAUCAGUGGAUUGUUUUACUAAGAUUCCAGUCUUAUCCAUCAUGUUACUAAAUAUCGUCCGUGCAAUUCCAUAAGGAAUCGGUUAUUUCACUAAGGUUUCAUCCUCGACUUAAAUGUGUAUUAAUGUCAUUAGAACUAAACUCAUAGUUAAUUAAUUAUUUUACCAGAGCUCCAGUCUCAACUUGCAUGUUUAUUGAUAACAUAAUUGCUAUAAUAAUAGGUAAUGAAUUAUUUUGCUAAAGUUCCAUCCUCAACUAACAUGUUUAUAUAUGUCAUCAGUACUAAACGUAUGUGUAAUGGAUUGUCUUUGUUGAUAAAUAUUUCCUAACCAUGAUUUUUUUUAUUGUAUAAAAAUGAAUUCAAAACAUUUUCGGGGACACAAUGAUUAAGUAUAUAUUUUAUUAAUCUCGAAAAACGUUCGUUCUUGGAUAAUGUGUUAUGGAUAAUCAGUCGCUUCCAUUUGGAUCAAAUGUCUCCAUAGUCAAUUUAUAUCAAUAUCCCGCUAUAAUCAUGUUCUUAUACAGAUGAUUAUAAUGUAGUUUUUUUUUAUUCUUUACAUAAACAGGCAGAUCCUAAAUUGAUUCGAUCAUAUACCUGAGUAAUCAUUGUCCCAUAUAUCCCCGCUAGUCUAUCACGCACAUCUUACAAGCUAAUAAUUCCACAUGACAAGCGUUGAGUAUCUACACAAAACGAAUAUUCCCAUAUCACAUCAACUUAUAAUUAAACACGCAUGCAUUUUAUUGUCAUGACUUCACUACUCCCUAAUGGUAUUUAGAUGUAUAUCGACCACUACUCAAGCCUGAAUUUAUAUGAUAAUGUCUCUCUUAGUUUCAUUGUUUAAUCAAUAGUAAAGUAUAUUUUAACUAGCAUUUCUUCCCAUAUGGAUACAUUGUACGUUCGCAAAACUGUAAUGAUAAGCUUUCUCAGUAAACAACAUCAAGGUGUAGGUUAUAUCUUUUAAUUUUUAUUUAUCAGUGUUUUGGUGCUUCAUUACUGCUAUGUAAAUCAGAAGGGAAUGGAGUUAUAGUCAAUAAAAAAACGAUGUUUCAGUAUCAUUUCAUAUGUUAAAAUACUCAGAUCGCGAGCAAAGUAUUUCAUUCGCUAUUUUCUGAUAAAAUCUCUUGUUUUGAAAUUGAUCAUCUAUGCAUAUUUUUAACGGGAAUUGCACCUUGUGAUGCUCUUUAAAAACACACAUAUCCAAAAGUAGAAUCAAUUUUAUAAUGAAACAAUAAAAAUGUGUGAUUCAAUACUAUUCUAGGAAAACAGUCAGAACAUUUUCUUUAGUGUUCAGGUCACAUUUACAAACACAUACACAACACCCACACUCACACACACCUACAUACACUUAUAUUCACAAACACAUGUACGACACCCACACUCGCAUACUCAUACACACACUGACAUUUACAAACACACACACAACACCACCACUCACAUACUUAUAAACACACUCACAUUUACAAACACAUACACAACACACACACUCAUCUUAACACUCUCUCAAAUUGGAAAAAACACACACAUCUUAAUAAACACCUACAGUUAUACAACAAAACAUCAUACACAUACUUACCUUUAUAUAGACAUAUCAUCAUUCUUACGCAACAUGCGUAUGUGUAGUACAUAUUUAUGUGUGAGUACGUGCGCACAGAAAUAAAAGAAAACGUUCUCCCUCUCAAAUGAAUAAAAACACAAUACUACCACAAAUACACUUGCAGCUUUUGUAUUAUCUUCACGUUCCCGUAUGUAGACAUAACACUUCCAUUUACACAUUUUUUCAAAUAAAUCAGUUGAGUAAUUUUUUUAGCUAGGCCCAGAGCUUCAAGGAAUAUCACCAUUGCUAGCCUACAGUAAGAAAGUUUGAUAGGACAUGAUUUAUCGUCAAUGUAUUAUCGAUUGAUCAUAUUAUUUUUUUCAUAUUUCCCCAAUAGAUCAUACUUUUAUAUAUAUUCAGGACUAAAUACAUUGUUUUAUUUUUUCAAUUCAAAAAUUCUAUCAUUUGAUAUCAUACCUGUACAAAGUAUUGUGUCUGAAGGAAAAAACAGAUAUAUCUUAUGAAUUUCUUUUACGAACGAGUGUUGCAUCAUCAUUAUGAUAUUUUCUAAAAUGACUGCAAAUAACUUAAUUUAUUGAUGUUUCGUUAUUUGAAAUGACAUUCAAUUAUGUUAUCAAUCUUGUUUGACACUAGAAUUGUAUCAUGUUAGUUUGGCGGCGACAAAGACAUGCAAAGACAUCUUUACAAAAAUAAGUUUAAAAAAUCAAACCAUUUUUUUUACCAUUAAAUUUAUUGUUGUGUAAGAAGCAGAAUAGAAAAAAAAUAUAUAAUUAUGUUUUUAACAAUAUUCCAUGAACAUUUACUUAUUUUCACUC